AAAAUUUCUGCACCUAUCCCCGCUCGUCUGGUUUGUUGAGUCUUUUUUUGAACAGUCAAUUGCACCUUUGCUUAUUACUUAAAACUGGCAAAAUUGCAACUGACAGAGGAUGAGUUUGAAAAGAUUUGUCAGACCGAUUCUCCCAAAGGCAAGGAAGAAGGACUGAGCCAAAUGCUGCAUCAAAUAUUCUGCGUGCUGAAAAGAGUUUGGCAACUGGUAAAAUUAGAUAACUGCCUGGAAGCACUAGACAAUCCGUGGAACCUCUACGGAAAUCACAGCAGCCACUACAGAACCUGUAAAACGGGGACGUGGCAGGCCACAAGCAACAGGGGAUGCGAUGCUAGAUCAUCAUCAGUUAUUGGUUCUGGAAGGAAACAAACUACUGAUGUUGCUCGUGUCAUUUUACAGACGAGGGGUCAAGGUCAAAAAUUUCUGCACCUAUCCCCGCUCGUCUUGUUUGCAAGAGAGAGGAUGAGUUUGAAAAGAUUUGUCAGACCGAUUCUCCCAAAGGCCAAAGGCAAGGAAGGACUGAGCCAAAUGCUACAUCAAAUAUUCUGGGUGCUGAAAAGAGUUUGGCAACUGGUAAAAUUAGAUAACCUGCCUGGAAGCACUAGACAAUCACAGCAGCCACUACAGAACCUGUAAAACGGGGACGUGGCAGGCCACAAGCAACAGGGGAUGCGAUGCUAGAUCAUCAUCAGUUAUUGGUUCCGAUGUUGUCUUACUUCCCCAAAAUUACAUCGGUUUGGAAAUAAAAUGCGAUGUUGUUGUCCAAGAUCAACCCCAUUUCAACCCGUCAGUUGCACAGUCGUCUGCCAGGAAAAAAGAAAUGAAACAUUAGGUAUUGGUGGUUCUGGAAGGAAACAAACUACUGAUGUUGCUCGUGUCAUUUUCAGAGAAAAGCAUAAAGUUGGGGAGCCUUCUGAUACAACGGUAACAAUUGAGCCAGAUGGAAAAUCUGAAUAUGCACAUAGCCAAGACCAGCAUGGCGCCGGUGUACAUGGCUAAGAAGUUUAGUUACAGCUUGGAAGUUGGAGCUCACAGCUGUAAGCUGACGUGGCAAGGGAUUCCCAGAAGCAUCAGAGACGGUCACAGAAAAGUGCGUCAUAGUCAGUACAGAAGAGAAGAGUAGAUGAUGAUGAUGAUCCAUGAGGCCAAAGCAAAAUGGGGAAUAAGAAGAGAAUAAAGAUAUAAUAAGCUCUCUAAUGAUGGUUUUGAUUGGAACUGAAACGGAUCAUGUACAUAGCAGCAGUCUUGAGAGCUAUGAGAUUAGGUUGAAAACAUUAUGUUUUGAAAUAUUACGAAUUCUUACUCUUGUAAUUUUCCUGAUUUGUUUGAAAAAUAAAAAGACAGUUUUCCUU